GAUCAAUACGGGGAGUCUGGUUGAAGAAGUUUGUUCCCAGUUCUUUGUUGUAAAUCGUUUCCCCGCGUGAGUCUUGCUCUUUCCAUCACGUAGCUCAUCAGAUACAACCGGAGUGAUCGACCGGAGCCCGUAUGUUUGUAUAAACUUGUUCAAGUGGACGUUGUUUAAAUAUUCGGGGCGUUUUAACUCAGACUCCCCGUUAGCCAAGAAUGCUAACGGAAGUUAGCGUAGCGUGCUAGCUGGAAAUAGACGGAGACUGAACUCGACCGCACAGCGCUAGUCGGAGAGACUAUUGGAUAGAGAUCAAACCGUAUGUUUCAUGGAUUCACAAUGUCCAGAUAAACCUGUCUGAAUGGACUCUGUGCUGUUCCCUUUAUUUGAAAGAUUGUACACGUCUGAAUUAUCUCCUGGUGUCCUGCGAAGCUAAGGAAGUUAGCUUGCUAGCUGGAAGUACACGGACCCGAACGUAACUUCACAGCGCACUUCAGAGUGAGCUAACGGUUUUUAACGGACUGUAACUGAAGGAAACGUUUCUGUCAGUGUGUGAAAAUGUCUAAAGUUAAAAUGCUGAGAGCUUUUGUGAACCAGCGACUAACUGCGGCUGCUGAAGAGAUAUUUGGGCUGUUUGAAAGCACGAUAGCAGAGUACGAGGAGGAACUUUGUCGUUCAAGAGAGAAGAACGAGCGACAACAGAAACUACUGGACGCUGUUUUCAACCAUGAAGUCCAGAUACACAGAGCAGAUGUCCAGCAGCUGUCAGUGGAUAAAGAUUGGGUUCCCCCUGAGCAGCAGGAGUGGAGCUCCAGUCUGGACCAGGAGGACCUAGAGCCCCCCCCACACAUUAAAGAGGAACAGGAGGAACUCUGGACCAGUCAGGAGGAAGAGCAGCUUCAAGGGCUGGAGGAGGCUGAUAUCAAGUUCCCGUUCACUUCUGUCCCUGUGAAGAGUGAAGAAGAUGAUGAAGAGAAAGCUCAGUCCUUCCAGCUUCAUGAAAGCCAAACUGAGGAGAACAGAGAGGCCGAGAGAACAGAAGGUGAUGGAGAGGACUGGGGAGGACCAGGACCAGCCAGGAACUCAGAUCCAGAUAGUCCUUUACAACCAGCUACUCAUGACAAGACUUCAGACUCUUCCUCUGAAACAGAAGUGAAACCAUUUUGUUGCUCCUUUUGUGGUAAAAGAUACCCUCUGAAGUCAUCCUUAACGAGUCACAUGAUACUUCAUUCAGAAGAAAAACGGUUCACCUGCCCAGUGUGUGAACUAGUUUUCAGUAGCAAAGGCAAUUUGGUUAUACACAUGAGAAUCCACACAGGGGAGAGACCAUUUAGUUGCCCAUUUUGUAGUAAAAGAUUCGCACAAAAGGGAAAUCUGAGAAAACACAUGACUCUCCACACAGAUGUCCAGCAGCUGUCGGUGGUGAAAGCAGAGGUUCCCCCUGAGCAGCAGGAGUGGAGCUCCAGUCUGGACCAGGAGGACCCAGAGCCCCCCCCACACAUUAAAGAGGAACAGGAGGAAUUCUGGACCAGUCAGGAGGGAGAGCAGCUCCAAGGGCUGGAGGAGGCUGAUAUCAAGUUCCUGUUCACUCCUGUUCCUGUGAAGAGUGACGAAGAUGAUGAAGAGAAAGCUCAGUCCUCACAGCUUCAUGAAACCCAAACUGAGGAGAACAGAGAUUCAGAGAGAGCAGAAGCUGAUGGAGAGGACUGGGGAGGACCAGAACCAGCCAGGAACUCAGAUCCAGAUAGUCCUUUACAACCAGCUACUCAUAACAAGACUUCAAACUCCUCUGAAUCUCAGACUGACAGUGCAGACUGGGAGGAGACUCUGCAAAACAAUGAAGUAGCUGUAAGUGAUGUGGAAUGUAAUACUGGAAACACAUCAGUUAGCUCCUCUGAAUGUGCUGGAAGCUUUGGCGGAAAUAUCUUUGUAUUCAGUCACACUUUGGGUCAACACACGACAACCCACACAGGGGGGAAAUCAUUUAGUUGUUCAAUUUGCAGUAAAACAUUCGCAGACCCUAGAAAUCUGAGACGACACAUGUCCGUCCACACAGGCGAGAAACCAUUUAUUUGUUCAAUUUGCGGUAAAGGAUUCGCUCAAAAGACACAUCUCAGGAAACACCUGGUUAUCCACACAGGUGAGAAAACAUUCAUUUGUUUCUUCUGUGAAAAAAGAUUUCGAGACCGUAGCUCUCUGAAGCGACACCUGAUCGUCCACACGGGGGAAAAACAAUUUAACUGUUCGCUUUGUGAUAAAAGAUUCGCACUAAAGCAAACUCUGAAACGGCACUUGCUUGUCCACACGGGGGAGAAGUUAUAGUUUUGUGAUUAAAGAUUUGCAGACCCUAGUGGUCUGAGACGACACUUUACGGUCCACUUUGUAGAAAUAGUUGCUCAGACAAUUCUUUUCCAGCAGAAUUAAAGGUCCCCCAUGACAUGCUGCUUUUUGGAUGCUUUUUAUACAGGCCUUAGUGGUCCCCUAAUACUGUAUCUGAAGUCUCUUUUA